AUGAGUGGCGAGGGCGUCCACUCCCUGACGCAGCGGCUGCUGUCCUUGGAGGACAUCAUCCGGCAGCAGGAGCAAACGAUUAGCGCGGUGUUGCAACGGCUGCGCGAUGUGGAGCAGUACGCCGCGGCGGAGUCGCACAACCGCGAGCAGGCGCAGCAGCAGGUGUAUGCGCUCCUCAGCGAUCGCGGCGGCACCACCGCGGAGACCGUCAGUCACAUGCAGGCCCUUUUGCAAAAUCACAACGAUCGUCUCAGUGCGCUGCAGGCUGAAGUCCAGGGGCACGGCGUGGCGUUGCGCGGCGUCAACGACAAGCACGAUGCGGCGUUCCGAGGAAUGGAGCAGCGUCUCCAGGCGGACGCCAAUAGCGCCCACCAGCGCGCGCAGACCGGUGAGGCCGCGUCUGCUGAAGCAAUGCGUGCGAUUCAAGCGCAGCUGCAGAGCCUGGCGAACGCGACGCAGGCCAUCGAAGCUCGCAACCAUGAUAAUUUACUGGCGCUGCAGCAACAGAUGAGCGCUGAGAUCGCCGCGCAGCGCCAGCGAAGCGACAACCUAGAGAGCGCCAUGCGCGAUGGACUGCGCGACGUGCACGGGUCCCUUUCUGGUGAUGUGCAGAGCGCCGGCGCUCAGCAACGCGGCGAUCUGGAGGGCGCGGUGCAGCGCAUGAAUCAGCAACUCGAGUCCCUCGACCAGCGUACGCGCAUCGACAUGAAUCAGCUACACAACACUGAGCAGGCCGACGUCGGCGACUUGCGGCGCCGCAUGGGCGAGCUGGAGUCCAGUUUGUGCGAGAUGGUCCAGGCCGCCACGAACGGGCUGGCGCGCGAGGUGGCGCAGGUAGUGCAACACAGCCAGAUGCUGGACAAGCGGCAGGAAACGGCGCACCAGGCAAUCUUGCAGGAGCUCGCCAAGCACGACAGUCACCUAGAGACCGUGGACCUCAACUGGCGGGCGAGCGUCACCGACCUCAGCGUCAAGAUACGCGAGGAUGUGGCUGCCACACAGCACCGUGCAGCAGCGGGUGAUCAAGCGUUGCAGUCCCAGAUCGGCGCUGCACAGGAUCUCUUUGCUGCUGCAACAGACAAACUACGCCGUGAUCUGACGGAGCUGGCAACAACUGUUCAGGAGAAUUGUGUAAAGCCACUCCAGCAGGCGCACCACGCACUGAGCAUACAGGAGCAGCGCAUGAGCCGCAUCGCCGACGACUACGCCUCAAUGCAGGACUAUCUGAGGACGUUCGUAUCGCACGUCGACAACGAUGUGACGCAGUUGAAGCACGUUUUUGAGGCUGCGGUGCGAUCCGCGCACUCUGACCUCCUGGAGCGCAUCAACCUCAUCGCAGCGUCGAACGCGAUAGACCAAGACCGGGAGAUGCUCCGCGCGGAGGUAAAUCGUGGUUUGGGGAGGCUCUGGGAAGAUGCCAAGAGCAUGUUUUUGACGCAGCGCAGCUUGAAUGAUAUCCAGAAGCAGCUGGCGAUGUUGGAGAGCGCCGUGCGGGUGGAGCUCUGCGCGUUGGCGGAGCGGAACACAGACGUCUGGCGCACGGUUGACGAGCUCCGCAUCGGGCGGCACCGCGCAGCCCACGGGCCGGUCACGUCAGCCGUAGCCACCAGAAUAGCUCCGGAGAAAAGACCUUCUCGCGAUUCAGCUGCCGCCAAUGCCGUCACCUCUGCUAUGACAACUCCUGUGGCAGACUCCUCCUCUCGAGUACCCAUGAGUCAAGUAUCGGUGGUGCGGGCAGAUGUCUCCAAGGCACCGCCAGAGCAGAUCAGGGCUGCAGCGACCGCCGCCACUGCGGUGCUGUGGUCGUCGAUCUCGGAAAAGCCGUCCCGCGCCAGCUCCGCGGCGGAGAAGGUGGAGGAGAUCGACAGGGACAGCGAUGAACAUAGCGAGCGCCUGCGGCAGCAUGAGGAGGACAUCAAAGCGCUGCGGGCCUCCUUGCAGCGACUGCGCAUUGCGCAGGCGCAAGAGUUCAGCAAAUCGGCGAGCGCAAACCAGUGGAACAGCGCGUCACCAAGGAGCACUGCAGCAGCCGCUGCCGUCCAGGUCGAUGACGCAUCCGGGGAGGCUAGGUCAGCCGCGCGAGAGGCAGCAGAGUACCUUGAGGCUACUGAGCUGGCGCAAGACGAAAGUGUGCGCGCGGCCAAAGAGCUUUCGCUUGACCUCGAGCGGGUCGACGCGCUCGAAGAAUCGCUGCAGAUGCCGUUGGCAGAGCUGAAGGCCGUGCGAGCAGCUGCAGCACCUGUGCACGAAGCGCAGUCUUCACAAUCGUCGCUACCCUCGAAGAAAAGCGAAGGGCCGGUGGCAGCGCCGUUCUCCACGAAGGCCACGUCGUCACGCUCGGUGUCCUUCAAGGGGCUCGCCGUCAGGGAGGAGGAAGCCGCGACACAUGAGGCAGAGGGCGAAGCUGCGACACAUGAGGCAGAGGGCGAAGCUGCGACACAUGAGGCAGAGGGCGAAGCCGCGACACAUGAGGCAGAGAGCGAAGCUGCGACACAUGAGGCAGAGGGCGAAGCUGCGACACAUGAGGCAGGGGGCGAAGCUGCGACACAUGAGGCAGAGGGCGAAGCUGCGACACAUGAGGCAGAGGGCGAAGCUGCGACACAUGAGGCAGAGGGCGAAGCUGCGACACAUGAGGCAGAGGGCGAAGCUGCGACACAUGAGGCAGAGGGCGAAGCUGCGACACAUGAGGCAGGGGGCGAAGCUGCGACACAUGAGGCAGAGGGCGAAGCUGCGACACAUGAGGCAGAGGGCGAAGCUGCGACACAUGAGGCAGAGGGCGAAGCCGCGACACAUGAGGCAGAGGGCGAAGCUGCGACACAUGAGGCAGAGGAAGAUGAACAUGGCGUAAGAGACACUGUCGCUUCUACCAUAUCUUACCCAUCGGAGAAGGCGAAGACCCACACCGGUCUCUCUGCAGACGCAGCCGCGGCACCGGAAGAUAACCUCGUCGAGGUUCCCGGCAAGUUGACCGGCGAGGUUUUCAUUUUGCGUCAGGACACGCUAGGCGUUCCGUCGCCGGUCUCAGUGCGGGUGCGACCGGCCACUGCAGGCUCUGCGACAAUCCCAGCAAAACCAGUGGCCUCGUCAGACGCGUUUGUGAAGUCGAAUUCGCGAGAGAGUGUCGUGAAGAAGCCGCUUCCGAGUCGCGGCACCACGUUGUCCGAGGUGCUGCUGCCCACCUGUCAGUUCGUGCGUAAGCGCGAGUAUGCCAACUUCAGAGACUUCACCAAGCGGGAGAUCGACGCCGUUUGGGUAGAGCUGCUGAACAUGCGUCGUACCCGAAGUCUUUCGAAGGAGGAGCUGCUGCUGCACAUCAGCCGGAGCAAGGAGGAGAUGCUGAACACGGUACUCAAGAUUGUGCAGCAGCAGGAGAGAGAGCUGCUCGGCAUGCUGACCAGCAUUAAGACCCAUCUCACCGCGAUGUAUCACAACCCUCACUCGAUGCGGGAGAUUCGCGUGUUUCCUAUCGACGGCGGCCAGCGCCUGGAGGAGUUUGUGCGCUCCCUCUCAGGCCAGCUGAAGGAUAUGCCAAUCGUAACCGAGCCGGCGCCUGCAUCAACUCCAAUCAGCACCGCUGGGCUGUCCGAGGGUGGAGGGCAGAAGACGCUGUCGCAACCAGCCACACACGAGCUUGGCGAACGGCGCACAGUGACGUCUCCCACGGCAGCCGUGGCGCCGUCUGGGCAGUCCCUGCUCUCUACACCACGCGGCGACCAAGGCGGGGUAGACACGACGCUCUCGAGCGCACCCUCUUCCUCGCCGAUGGAGCCGCAGCUCAUUCAUCCGAUGGUGCACCGCCACGUCAGCCAUCCUACCCUCAAGCCCGAGUCGCAGGGGGUCUUGCAUGUCAGUAUCGACGAGAUGGACCCAUCGAAGCUCGACGGCUCCCUUCAGUGCAAACCGUCACACUGCUUGGCGCCGAAGCGUGCAUCCUCGACAGACCAGGCGCAGGUGCGGCAGUCCACUGCGGCCACCUUCGUGAAUCCGGAACUCGCGGCUCCCGCACCGCCCCUGUCUGAACCGGAAGGCAGCAGGUUGCACCCCCUCCCUGCUGGCACGUUUUCGACGUCAGCGCAGCUGUCCCAGACCCAGCUACCGUUACCAUCAUUGACGACUAUUGGGGUCGAGCCUCAUCCGUCGCUUAAUGGCUCCCCUGCGGCCGCUUCUGCUGGUUCCCGUCCAGGCAGCGGUAGUGAACCCUCUUGCUAUGUUUCUGUGCACGCAGAUCGCACCGGUCCGCCGUUGGACCUGCUGCGGAGACGGAGCGACUCGGCCAUCCGUGGCUGCGUCGGCGACGACCCGGCGCGCUACGUGAAAGGAACCAGCUCGCCGUGCAGCUGGACGGGCAGCCCCAUCCACCUCAACCCGCUGCACGGGGUUCGCGUCACCAAUUGUCUGCCUCCUGUUGAGACGGAAGCUCGUCGAGCGUCAAUCGUGACAGCUGCGCCUGGUACGGCGUCGGCCGCACAGUCUAUGGGCGGCGGAUUGCAGCUCCUUGAUGAUGUGAGACAGCCGGACACAUGGGCGCCUCCGCAUCAACGUUCUCGAGACUUGUCUUGCUCGCGCGCGGCUGCUCAGGCGGAAAAGUCGGAUGCACCGCGGCAAAACGACGCGUUGCCCGAGGCGCACCACUUCUCUCAUAUUUGCCAAGAGAGCGAGGCCUACUACCAGUCGGUAGAGAACAUGCGGCCGUCACGCAGCGGCGUGCGGCGUCGGUCUACGGGCACCGCAGUGCCCACUUCCGCCAUUGACGGUGCUUCGCCUCUGUGCGCCAGAGAGACAGGACAUCUCUACCACCGUGAGACCCCGAUGUGGAGGCAGCCGCAGCCCUACGCGCCGCCUCACCAUCUUCCCUUCCCAGUGCCGCAACCGCAGCCGCACGACUACAGCUCCGCGCCAAGCGGCUGCAGCAACCCGGUACCGAUAGGCAUUGACCCAGCGCGUCCACCUGCGCAGGUCCACUCACUUUCAUCCACUGGGACCAUCCAUCUAGGGCCCUACGGGAGGCCGGCAGGUGCCUACACUGGAGGCUGCAACGGUGGCAGCAGCGCGCGCGACGUGCACAGCACCUCACAGUCGUUCAGCUCUACAACACAAGAGCAGCGCCGUUCCUCGGCGAAGGUGUCGUCGAAUGCGGUUGCGGUGCGUGUCCUCGACGACCUUGUGAGCGGAGCAGACGUCUCAAGCAGGUCGGACCAGUCCUUGGCGGUCACCAUCCACCCGUACCACGAGCACUGA